UUAUAGGACAGACAAAGGCAGUAUUAGCCUGUGCCUUUUUUUUUUUUUUUUUGGCUUCUUUUCUGAGCUCUUGAUAUAUACUGAGGCCAUCGAAAUUCUUAAAUUUAGGCUUCGUCAUAAGAGUCAAGAUCCUCUUCUUCCUGGGAUAUACAUGGUACUCUGCAAAAGCUCUGACGUCUGCUUCUAAAAAUCAGUAAUGAGUGAAUUAACUGUAACAUAUUCUGAUUUGCGACUUCAACCUUCAUCUCAGCCACAGAGAAGACAAAGGCCUGCAACUUCUGAAAGAAAAAGUUCUUUUCCUUAUAAGCACCAAGAUCUUUGUACUCCAUCUCCAUGGAAAUUCAUUACAGUGAUUCCGUGGAUCAUUUGCCUGAUGCUUACUUGGUCUGUUGGAAUCUUAGCCACAAUGUUGCAUCAGAAAUCGUGUCAAGGGGAAGGAUAUCCAGGAAAUCUCUCCUCUAACAAGGAAGCAAAUAAAACAUUUCAAAUUCAGAGUUAUCCUACCUGUUCAAACAACUGGCAUCAACAUGGAGAAAAUUGUUACUAUUUUUCAAGGGACAUACUUCCUUGGGAAAAAUGUAAUUAUUAUUGCAUUGGUUUAGAGUCAAGCUUUCUUAAAUUGAAUACGGAAGAAGAGAUGAAUUUUGUAUUAAAAUUGUCAAAGAUGCAAUGUGGUCUACGUGAAGCAAAGUUUUGGAUCAGUUUAUACUACAACAAUAAGAAAUUAAAAUGGGUCUGGCUAGAUGGCACAGUUGUUACCCUGCACAAGCUUCAAAUUCAAGGACUUAAGAAUGCUAACAAUAAAUGUGUACAUAUAAAACAUGGCCAGGUGGUUGCUGAAGAUUGCCAGAAUAAUGGUUAUUGUAUCUGCAAGAAGAUAAUAUAUUUGGAUUAAGUAAAAUAUAUCAGAAAGAAAAAAAAAUGGAAAAGAAACACCUGGAAGGGGAGGUGAAUCAUGAGAGACUAUGGACUCUGAAAAACAAUCUGAGGGGUUUGAAGUGGUGGGGGAGUGGGAGGUCAGGGUACCAGGUGGUGGGUAUUAUAGAGGGCACGGAUUGCAUGGAGCGCUGGGUGUGGUGAAAAAAUAAUGAUACUGUUAUGCUGAAAAUAAAUAAAUGAAAAAAAAAAAAAAAGAAAGAAAAAAAGAAACACCUGAAAUUCCCCAGUGUGAUGACUUCAACCAUGAAAACUACUUACUUAGCUGAAAUUAGAUGUCAUUAAAUAUUGAAGUCUACCUAUUAUUAUUCGCCUUCAAUUCAUAAUAUAUUGAUAAGAAAAAUCUGUGUUCUGAGGUGGUUGACCAAUCCAGCAGGGGAAUCCCAGGGCCAUUCCAGGUUUUCCCCUAGCCCCACUAGCUGAAGCCACAAGAAUGGCACAGAUAGGAAAGUAAAAGUGUAUAAACUACCCCCUUUGUUUGUGCUCAGGGCUCAGACCUUGAGGGAUUACUCCCCUCUGGGCCUUCUGGCUUAAAAUAAACUUCCCAUCGGAAGUCUCCAGUGCCACUUUUUUUUUUUUUUUUUUUUUUUUUUGGUCAGGAUCUGUGUUCCUGUCUG